UGCUACCUGAAACGAUAUAUGGAAAAAAAAGAAAAGCCAAAGAAAUUUUUGGUGAUAUUAGCUGCGAUAGUAGCCGUAUUCAGGGGCGGAGUAGUAGGGGCAUCAGUAGUGGCAGCACCUCCAGCGGUAUUGGCGAAAAUCUCCGACGCUACGAUAGACCCAAAUCCACAAUACUCCUUCGCCUACGACGUCCAGGAUGCACUUACGGGCGACUCUAAAUCCCAGGUGGAGAGCCGCGCCAACGGCGUUGUCAGAGGGCAGUACUCACUCGCAGACCCAGACGGUACAAGGAGAAUCGUCGACUACUACGCUGAUCCCAUCCACGGCUUCAACGCUGUAGUCAGGAAGGCGCCCCAAGCCGUAGUAGCCCCUGUAGUCGCCAAGGCUGCGCCUGUAGUAGCCGCACCUGUUGCGCCAGUGGUAGCUAGAGCUGCACCUGUGAUUGCGCCAGCGCCAGUGGCAGCACCUGCACCUUGGCUUACCAGAGCUGUGGCUGCGCCUCUCUUGUCCAGAGCUGUUGCCCCAGGAUUUGCCCCACUAGCCGCCCCGGCCCCGUUAGGUGUUGCCCCAGGAUAUGCCCCACUAGCCGCCCCGGCCCCGUUAGGUGUUGCCCCAGGAUAUGCCCCACUAGCCGCCCCGGCCCCGUUAGGUGUUGCCCCAGGAUAUGCCCCACUAGCCGCCCCGGCCCCGUUAGCUGUUGCCCCAGGAUAUGCCCCACUAGCCGCCCCGGCCCCGUUAGCUGUUGCACCAGGAUUUGCCCGAGUAGCUGCUCCCCUAGCAGCGGCGCCACCUCUCGCGAGAGUGGCUUCGCCAUAUGCUUAUUGGUAG